UGAAGGCCGGGGUCGCAGCUCACGGGGAGCGGAAGCGCGAGUGUUGUUUAUCCGGCAUCGAGUUCCCUCGCCGUUAGAGCAACGAUGGCCAGCGCUGCAGCGAAACAGGCGCCUAAAGCGGCCCCGAAAACAUCGGCAGGGGCCACCGGGGCAGCUGGGGCUAGCGGUGGCCCCCCGGUAAUGCCCCUCGCCUCUCCACUGAUGGGGAAGAAGAAGAAGCCGUUCCUGGGCAUGCCCGCACCGCUGGGCUACGUUCCAGGACUCGGCAGAGGUGCAACGGGUUUCACCACACGAUCUGACAUUGGGCCUGCUCGUGAUGCCAACGAUCCAGUGGAUGACCGCCAUGCACCCCCGGGGAAGAGGACGGUCGGGGAUCAGAUGAAGAAGAGCCAGGAUGACGACGAUGAAGAUCUGAAUGACACCAACUAUGAUGAGUUUAAUGGAUAUGCAGGUAGCUUGUUCUCCAGUGGGCCCUACGAGAAGGAUGAUGAAGAGGCAGAUGCUAUUUAUGCAGCACUUGACAAGAGGAUGGAUGAGAGACGUAAAGAAAGAAGGGAGCUGAGAGAAAAAGAAGAAAUUGAGAAAUACCGUAUGGAACGACCCAAAAUCCAGCAGCAGUUUUCUGACUUGAAGAGGAAACUGGCAGAGGUAUCGGAAGAAGAGUGGCUGAGCAUCCCUGAGGUGGGCGAUGCAAGAAACAAGCGCCAGAGGAAUCCCCGCUAUGAGAAACUCACUCCUGUCCCCGACAGUUUCUUUUCCAAACACCUGCAGACGGGAGAAAACCACACCAGCGUCGACCCUCUGCAAGGGCUGGGGGGUCUGAACACACCUUACCCAGGAAGCAUGACUCCCGGCUUGAUGACACCAGGAACAGGAGAGCUUGACAUGAGGAAAAUCGGUCAGGCCAGGAACACACUCAUGGACAUGAGGCUCAGUCAGGUGUCAGACUCUGUGAGUGGACAGACGGUUGUAGAUCCAAAGGGCUACCUGACAGAUCUCAACUCCAUGAUCCCCACAUAUGGAGGAGACAUCAGUGAUAUUAAAAAGGCUCGUCUGCUGCUGAAAUCAGUGAGGGAGACCAAUCCUCAUCACCCGCCUGCCUGGAUUGCCUCUGCCAGGCUGGAGGAAGUGACAGGCAAAUUGCAGGUGGCUAGGAACCUGAUCAUGAAAGGCACAGAGAUGUGUCCUAAGAGUGAAGAUGUGUGGCUUGAGGCAGCUCGCCUGCAGCCUGGUGACACAGCUAAAGCAGUAGUAGCCCAGGCUGUUCGACACAUGCCACAGUCUGUCCGUAUCUACAUCAGAGCUGCAGAGCUGGAGACGGAUGUCAGGGCUAAGAAACGAGUUCUAAGGAAAGCCCUGGAAAAUGUUUCUAAGUCUGUUCGACUGUGGAAGACAGCCGUUGAGCUGGAGGAGCCAGAGGAUGCCAGGAUCAUGCUCAGCAGAGCUGUGGAGUGUUGCCCUACUAGUGUGGAGCUGUGGUUAGCACUGGCCCGCUUGGAAACAUACGAGAAUGCGCGCCGUGUUCUGAAUAAGGCUCGAGAGAACAUACCCACUGAUCGCCACAUUUGGAUCACUGCUGCCAAGUUGGAAGAGGCCAAUGGCAACACUCAGAUGGUGGACAAGAUCAUUGACAGAGCCAUCACUUCUCUACGUGCCAAUGGUGUGGAGAUCAACAGAGAGCAGUGGAUACAGGAUGCAGAGGAGUGUGACAAAGCAGGCAGUGUGGCCACCUGUCAGGCAGUGAUCAGAGCUGUCAUUGGUAUCGGCAUUGAGGAGGAGGACCGCAAACACACCUGGAUGGAAGAUGCAGACAGUUGUGUGGCCCAUGGAGCGCUGGAGUGUGCAAGAGCCAUCUAUGCCCAUGCUCUCCAGGUCUUCCCCAGCAAAAAGAGUGUCUGGCUCAGAGCCGCCUACUUUGAGAAGAACCAUGGCACCAGGGAGUCUUUGGAAGCCCUGCUCCAGAGGGCUGUGGCUCACUGUCCCAAAGCAGAGGUCCUGUGGCUGAUGGGGGCCAAGUCCAAGUGGCUGGCUGAGGAUGUGCCAGCAGCUAGAAGUAUCCUCGCCCUUGCCUUUCAGGCUAACCCUAACAGUGAGGAAAUCUGGCUUGCUGCUGUGAAACUGGAAUCUGAGAAUAAUGAGUAUGAAAGAGCUCGCCGACUGCUGGCGAAGGCCCGAAGCAGUGCUCCAACAGCCAGGGUAUUUAUGAAGUCAGUGAAGCUGGAGUGGGUGUUGGGAAACAUAGAAGCUGCCCAGGAGUUGUGCACCGAGGCCCUAAAACACUAUGAGGACUUCCCCAAACUGUGGAUGAUGCGAGGCCAGAUAGAGGAGCAGUGUGAGAACAUGGAUAAGGCCAGAGAGGCCUACAACCAAGGGUUGAAAAAGUGCCCCCACUCUGUGCCCCUGUGGCUGCUGUUGUCUCGCCUUGAAGAGAGAGUGGGACAACUGACCCGGGCCAGAGCGAUCUUGGAAAAAGCGCGACUCAAGAACUCCCAAAGCCCCGAAUUAUGGUUGGAGUCAGUGAGACUGGAAUACAGGGCUGGACUGAAGAAUAUCUCCAACACACUGAUGGCCAAAGCUUUGCAGGAGUGUCCCAAUUCAGGCAUCCUUUGGGCUGAGGCAGUGUUUCUGGAGGCCAGACCACAGAGGAAGACUAAGAGUGUGGACGCUUUGAAGAAGUGUGAACAUGAUCCCCACGUGUUGCUUGCUGUAGCCAAGUUGUUUUGGAGUGAGCGCAAGAUCACCAAAGCCAGAGAAUGGUUCCUCAGGACAGUAAAGAUUGAGCCAGACCUGGGAGAUGCCUGGGCUCUGUUCUCCAAGUUUGAGAUGCAGCAUGGCACAGAGGAACAGCAGGAAGAGGUGCGAAAGCGCUGUGAGAAUGCAGAGCCCCGCCACGGUGAGCUGUGGUGCGCUGAGUCUAAACACGUCCUGAACUGGCAGAAAAAGACGGGAGAGAUCUUAGCACAGGUAGCCAGUAAAAUCAAGAACACGUUCUGAGACUGGGAAGUUCGACCUGAAAACACCUGGGGGACAGAUGUGAACAGCUUUGGGCACGCUCGGCUGCUGUUCGUACGAAGUAUUCAGUCAUUGUCAUAUUUAGUUGUUUUAAACAUUUACAUUUUAAAAUUAUUGCUUAAUGUCAAAGUGAAAACACAUUUAUGAAAGGACCAAUAUAAAACCCAUUACACACUUUGCGUGGCUCCAUGUUUGAAGUUUCUGUCUUCAUGGAAACAAAACCUCCUCAGUUUAGUUGCAGAAUCUUGAAGGUGUCUAUUCAUCUAACAAGUAUCUUGAUUGGUGCGUGUGAUAGAUUGUGACGGUUUGUUUUCACUUUGACAUUACUUUGGUUUCUGCUCAUUAGUAUCAUUCAGAUCUCAUUGUGGUAGUGCAAAUUGCAUAAGCAAAGAAACCCAGCUGUGAUAAGGUAUCAGGUGAGAAGUCAUUGUAUAUGUUUGAACAAUACCCUGGAAUUGUUUGAGACUUUUUUAUUUCUUGUCCUAAAACCUAGGAGCAGACUUUGCUCGCUGUUAAACCGUGUAAAUAAACUCUUUGUCAGAGACUGGAUUUGUCCUAUUGUAGUAAUGAGCUGCUUUUUAUCAAAGCUUGCUGUGAGCUGUGUUUCAAAAUAUGUCGCAGGCAUCCAAUAAACACAGUUUCUUGCUCCA